CUCGGUCAGUGAAAGUGAUCGGCUCCCGCCUGGUUUGCUUCCGCCGAGGGUCAAGGGCAACUGAACCGACAUAGAGUUCACGCCCCCACUUCUUCCUUUGAGAAGCAGAAUCUCCUCUCUCUGGCCCGCCGUAGAUCAUUUCCACAUGUUCCUUCCCAGCCGCCUGCUUCUUUUUAUUCUGGCUGGCCGGUUGUCCUUCAGGUCGUAUCCACUGGUUCUUCUUUUGUUAGGCCUGGGAAGGGUCUCAAUCAUCUGCUUGAUCACCCCUUUAACACUCUUGCACUCGGCUGUGUUAUGGGUGUCCGUUUUGUGGAAAGAGCAGUAUUCUUCUCUGCCUUCACUUCUCAUCCCUGUCCACUCGCCUCUGCAACUUCUCCAAUCGGGCUUCUACCCAAUCCACAUGGUCCCUGGGCUGCUCGACGUGCGUUCGAACCGUGUGCCUAGGGUGACUUUCUGCUUUCUCUUCCUCGCGGGGCGCCCGGCUGUGCUGGGGCUCAUCUUGAGGACAAGGUUCGAUCCGCCUGGUUGUGAUGCAAGAGAACCUUACGGCGCCUCUUUUCAUUCACAAGUCGCAUCAUCAGUGAAGACGUUGAAGCGGUUCGAUGUAUAUCUACCUUUGGAUUCUUCUCCCAAUCCAAGUUCUCAACCUUACGAUGUGAGUUCCCCUUUGAAUUUACCCCCAUAUGAGUCCCUUGCUCCCAUUCCAUCGCCCGAUGAGAACAACCCUCCCUAUUGCGUCUAUCCUCCGCCGUCAGCUACUCUUCCCAGCCCCGGCGGCGGGUAUAUUCCGUCGCCGUCGUUCCCGACGCCGCGCAGCCCGCCUCAAAUCGUCCCGAGCCCAGCCGAACCUGUUCAUAGCCCGCCUCAAAUCGUCCCGGGCCCAUCCGAACCAGUUCAUAGCCCGCCUCCGAUUGUCCCGAGCCCAUCCGAACCAGUCCAAAGCCCGCCUCCAAUUGUCCCGAGCCCGCCCGAACCAGUCCAAAGCCCGCCUCAAACCGUCCCGAGCCCAACCGUGCCAGUUCAAAGGCCGCCAAUGAUUGUGCCGAGCCCGAACGAACCAGGUGUAAGCCCACCUCAAUUCGUCCCUAGUCCAACAAGGCCAUUUGUAAGCCCGCCAUACAUCAACCCGAGCCCAACUGAGCCUGUUCCAAGCCCACCGCGGGCAGGGGGGCCAUUCCUGCCACCAGUGGUGUACCCCCCUCCGACGGCGCCGCCGCCACCGUCAACGACGCCUCCGACGGCGCUGUGGUGCGUGGCUAAGCCGGCGGUUCCGGAACCAAUAAUACAGGAGGCAAUGAACUACGCGUGUGCAUCGGGGGCGGAUUGCGACCAGAUUCAGCCGAACGGGGUGUGCUUCCAGCCGGAUACUCUCUUCGCCCACGCCUCAUACGCCUUUAAUAGCUAUUGGCAGAGAACGAAGCAGGCCGGUGGCACUUGCGAGUUCGGAAGCACCGCCAUGCUUGUCACCGUCGAUCCAAGUUAUGAUGGCUGUCAUUUCACAUAUAUGUAACUUACAUUACUACUUGGUUUGGUAUAUAUAUAUAUAUAUGUGUGUGUGUGUGUGAAUGCUAUAUAUAGUAGCUUGCUUGCUUGCUUAUACUGGCUGGGAAUUAAUGGAUCGCGAUCGAGCACGCAUAAAUCCCAUCGUCAAUAUCAGUCUUAAUGGAUACGAUCGAGCACGUAACGAAGUUCAUGUGAAGAUCGAUCGUGCGACUACAUUUUCUGUAGCAAAAUUCUUUAGGUACGUACAUACCGAGAACAAACAACACUUCUUUGAAUAUAAUGCUUCCAUGUCGUCGUGGGAUAUACCUUUAGAUGAUGUUAAAAAUAGUACUAUUAUUAUUGGUGUACAUUAAGAAUUACUCUUUUGUGUUACAUUUUGUACUUGUCAUAUACUCUCUCCGUCCCCCAUAGAUCUUCCCAUUAACCCUUUUUAUUUGUCCCACAUAGAUCUUCUCAUUACCUUUUUUAACAUUUAAAAUACCACAACUACCCCCACUUACUUUAUUUAUUACACCUUUUCCACCUUAUUUAAUACACCCCACCCAUUUUCAUUAAGGGUAUUUUGGUAAACUUUCACCUUUUUUCAACUCUCCUUAAAAACCGCAAAAAAUCAAAAUGAGAAGAUCUU